UCACCAUGCCCAAGGCCUUCGCCACUGCCGGGUGGCUUGUCAGCCUCGUCCUGCUGGUGUUCCUGGGCUUCAUGAGAUUUACAUCCCCUUCUAUUAAAUGUAGACUUUAUUACCAUUACCGUCAAGUUUUGCUGUCUGAGAAAAUACCACCCAGCAAGGAUCUAACAAACAUGUAAGGUGAUAUGGGAAAUCAGCUUGGAAUUUAGAAUUUGCUUAAGGUAAUUCACAAAGUAGGUGAUAAACACACCGUGGGCAUGAUCAAGUGUGGCACUUGCCUGCCGUGUACCUCCCCAGGCCUUUACCUGCUCCUUGAGCCAGGUGUGUGAGCCUCAUCAGCGGAUGCUUCAGGGAGGGUGGGUUCUACCUGAGGCACUUUUCGGGGAUUCCCGCACACGUAGGGACUGGUCUGAAGUUGUCUGCAAGUGUCCCGGCCAGGAAGGGAUUUAGGACUAGGUAUUAAAGUCCUCUGUAGUUCAGGUAGGAAUCCACAAGCUGCAGAAAACAGAUGGGAAGGAGCACCUGGAAACACCUCUCCUGAGAGAGGCGACCCCCCUCCCCAUCUGUACACCAAGCACCCUUCCAGGUACUGAGGGAGCCUCACCAACAAACAUCCCUGCCUGUGCAGACUUGACUUUAUUCUGUGGAGACAGACAGUGAGCAGUGAAGAUAAGAAAUGGGUAAAUUGAAGAGCAAGCUGGAAGGCAGCGAGUGCUGUGGAAAGAGGAAGGCAUAGCAGGGCGAGGGGACUAGGAUGCUGGGGGAAGCAGGGUUUGGGAGGGCUGCAUCUAAGUGAGGAUCUGAACGGGGAGGGAGUGGGUGCUGGUGGAAGGAUGAGACGGAGCUUAGUAGUUGGCGCAAACUAAGAUGUACGAAAGGCUGAAUGGGAUAGGAAAAUGCCCAUGCUUUCCAGCUUCUUCAUGCGUUUCUUUUGGGGAGUUUUGAGGGUGAAUCUUGGGGCACUACUGGUUCAUUACCUACUGUGAGCCCUGGCAGCCAAGAGCUCUGGAAGUGUGUGUCCUUACACGACUCUGCUGUCCCCUUUAAAGGACCUUCAGCACAGGCAGCCAUCCAAAUGAGAAGUGUUCUUUGGGGGCUCUCAGGUAGAGGGUGCCACACCCCGCUCCUUGCUCAACCCAUUUGUGUUUGGACAUGAUCAAUGAGUUGGCCUUCUGCAAGCAACCAUGAGAAGCCUCUCUAUGCCUUAAUUAAGAUUGAUUUUAAUUUUACUUCCAAAAAGAAGGGUAAAUCCAAAGCCCUUAAAAUGGUCACUUAGGCAAGAUAAUGAGAAACCUUUCUAGGAGGUGCUGAGGUGAUUGGCAUGGGGGCUUCCGAGCUGGCUGCUCCCCCAGGGUGGGAGUAGGUAUGGGUUUAACUGGUUUAACCUCAUCGUGGGCACAGGCGCGCUCACCAUGCCCAAGGCCGUCGCCACCACAGGGCGGCUUGUCAGCCUUGUCCUAACUGGUGUGAAGCCAAGCGACUCAGCUGCCUCCCGACCUCAGAGCCGAGCAGUCAGCCCCCCAGCUGUCAACACUCAGGGAGAGGCAGGGGUGAGUCUGGUGGCAGAGCUGUCCUGGCCUCAAGAAAGCAGGAGAUGAAUGUUUGUUCCCCACUGUUCCACGGCAGAGAUGGAUUCAUACCUCAGGUUUUAUUAGCAGGAAGGUAGCCCACUUCUGUAUCCUCCGUUAACAAAAGCAUUCGUGCAUUCCAGCUGUCAUCUAGGUCUCUCAAGUUUCUUUAAGAGGAAAAGAAAAGAUGAUUUUUCCAGUCUAGUCUGACUUCUUGGCAAGCAUCUGAUGCCACCUCCCAAUCUCCCUUUUGAAUCAGGCCAUAGAAGUGCAAGCUUAUUUUAAUAUUAGCCAGAUUAUCUGGAAAGUAAAAAGUACUGCCAAAGAAAAAAAGGACAGAUUCCGGAGCCAAGUGCCCAUUUCCAGUUAUCCAUGCCUGCGUGUCUUCCAUCCAUGUAUGUAAUUGGGAGGUGACCGCUUGCCUCUGUCCUUGCAAGGUGAGGUGAAAACUGCCUGCUGUCCUUCCAGAAGCUGGGGGGCCCUGUGUGAACCAGCCUCCCUUCACAGAGCAUCCUUUGGCGUCUGCCCACCACGGCCCCUCCUGGGUGUGCAGCUCGGCUUGUCCCAGCACCACCUCUGCCCCCAGCUCCCUCUCUUUUUUGGGUACUUUCCCUCCCAUCACUUAAUUCAUGCCCCUCUCUCUUGUGCACUGGAAAUACGUUCUCACUGUAGACAGCAACAUCAAAGCACGCACACCUUUUUAUGAGGUAAGGCCCAUCUCUAAGGGACACCUCUCAGAAAAGAGAAUGCUCCGGGCUGGUGGGUCUAGUCGUGUCUUACAAUGGUGUUUCCCUUCUCUCUGUGCCUCCCCCAACCUCCCGUCUGCCUUUGGCGCUGGGCACGCGUCCCCCGCAGCUUCGUGACCACCACCUUUGUGAUAGAGGCCAUGGCCGCAGCCAACGCGCAGCUCCGCUGGAAGAGGAUGGAGAACCACAAGGAGGAGGAAGACGACGACUCCUCCACAGCCUCAGACAGUGAUGUUCUCAUCCGGGACAACUAUGAGCGGGCAGAGAAGCGGCCCAUCCUGUCUGUGCAGAGACGUGGAUCUCCCAACCUGUUUGAAAUCACAGACCGGGUGGAAAUGGGACAAAUGGCCUCCAUGUUCUUCAAUAAAGUGGGGGUCAACUUGUUCUAUUUCUGCAUCAUCGUUUACCUGUAUGGGGACCUCGCCAUCUAUGCUGCUGCCGUGCCCUUCUCCCUCAUGCAGGUGACCUGCAGCACCACUGGCAAUGACUCCUGCGGCGUGGAGGCAGAUACCAAAUACAACGACACUGACCAGUGCUGGGGGCCCCUGCGCCGUGUGGAUGCCUACCACAUCUACUUGGCGAUCUUCACUCUCCUCCUCGGACCGUUCACCUUCUUUGACGUCCAGAAGACCAAGUACCUGCAGAUCCUGACCUCUCUAAUGAGAUGGAUCGCUUUUGCCGUCAUGAUUGUGCUGGCCCUGGUCCGAAUCGGGCACGGACAGGGGGAGGGGCACCCGCCCCUGGCCGACUUCUCGGGGGUCCGGAACCUGUUCGGGGUGUGCGUCUACUCCUUCAUGUGCCAGCACUCCCUACCAUCCCUCAUCACACCCGUCUCCUCCAAGCGCCACCUCACGAGGCUGGUGUUCCUGGACUACGUGCUCAUCCUGGCCUUUUAUGGCCUCCUCUCCUUCACCGCCAUCUUCUGCUUCCGAGGCGACAGCCUCAUGGACAUGUACACCCUCAACUUCGCGCGCUGUGACGUCGUGGGCCUGGCCGCCGUGCGCUUUUUCCUGGGCCUCUUCCCCGUCUUCACCAUCAGCACCAACUUCCCCAUCAUUGCCGUGACCCUGCGCAACAACUGGAAGACGCUUUUCCACCGCGAGGGCGGCACGUACCCGUGGGUGGUGGACCGCGUCGUGUUUCCCACCAUCACCCUGGUGCCGCCCGUGCUGGUGGCCUUCUGCACCCACGACCUGGAGUCCCUGGUGGGCAUCACAGGGGCCUACGCAGGCACCGGCAUCCAGUACGUCAUCCCCGCCUUCCUGGUGUACCACUGCCGCAGGGACACCCAACUGGCCUUUGGCUGCGGGGUCAGCAACAAGCACAGGUCCCCUUUCCGCCACACCUUCUGGGUGGGUUUCGUGCUGCUCUGGGCAUUCUCCUGCUUCAUCUUUGUCACGGCCAAUAUCGUCCUCAGCGAGACCAAGCUAUGAUGGCAGGACAGGCAGGUCUGGUGGUGGGAGGCGUAGGGUGCCCAGCCUCGUCCCUCACCCGCAGAGCCCAGAUUGAGUUGCUCCCAGGUCUCCAUGGGGCAGCUGGGACUGUGGCUCUAGGGGAAAACCCUCUGUCCAGCUGGGGGUCUUCUCCCCACCCCACCUUCCACCCAGUCUGCACCUGGCCUCAUUCCCCCAUGCUGCUCUCCCAGCAGGUCCUCCUGCCUGGGUGACACAUGGCUGCUCCCAAGUUCUAGGACUAAUUACUGGAAUCACAUCCCUCUCCCAAAUUCUCCAACAUGCUUCACCCCCAACCCCACCUCCAGAGGCAGGCUCCUCCCUGUAGGGUGGGAGAUGCGGUGCUGGCACUGCCAUAAUUUGUCCCAGCCCACGCCCCUCCCCUCUCCAGCCCCAUCCUGCAUCCUUGUCUCAGAACCCUCCACUAGCAGCUGCUGCCUCUUCAGAGGUGAAUCCGGGGCUGCAAGCAUCCCAGCCAGGCCCGCUUGUGACGGCAGGGGCCACCCUCUCACCAGGCCUGGGAGGUGCUAGGCGCCGCCUCAGAGAGGGCCUGGCUGGCCCCUGACAAGAACAAGAAGUGCUAACUAGUACCAGAGUCCCAGACAGAGCUGCGAGGGCACUCGCUGUGGGUGCGAACUCCGGAGUAGCAGGCUGGAGGGAGCGUCCCUCCUACAGGGACAUGGCCACCUGCCAGCCGGGCCUAAAGUCUGGAGCUUGUCCCUGAAAGGGACCCUCUGCUGCCCUUGCUGCCCCGCUGGAGCCUUCAGGGCCUUCUGUAGUGCGGGUGGUCCUACUAGAGAGAAGCCAUCCCCACCUGGCACCUCUGAGACUUGGCAGUGACAUGGCAGUGGGAGGACUCCGAGGUUUCCACCCUCACGACGGUCAGGCUGCCCCUGCCCCCACACCAGCACUAAAGGUGGCUCCCUUAGGGGCUGGGCAUGGGUGCUCGGUGUUCACACUCUCUGUGUCCCUUGGGCAAUGUGGGGUUGAAUGGGGCCCCUGCUGCCAUUCUCGUGGAAGGAGGCCAGGUCCCCAGCCACCUCCCACUCAGCCAUGCACACACUUGCUGGGCUGGCCUCCUGGGAAACACAGGUGACUCGAAUGAACUCUGCAUUUUCAACGUGCCUUCUACUGUUUCAGGACCUGGGGGUCCUCCCGACCCUCACUGGCUUGCCCCCAGCCCUGGGCCUGGUCCCACCUGUCCUAGAGCCCAGAGCCGCUGGCCUGGAGCUGCCUCUCUGGGGUGGGUCUCAGGCCCCAUCCCUCCCUCUUUUGAGUUCAGUGCCUUGCUCAGCCCCUCCCGUGUCUCACCGUCUUCAGACCUCUGACAGAGCAACGAUGCAGGGUCUCCUGGGGCCCGAGAUGGUCUCAGGGUCAGGGGGAUGUGGGAUUUGCAGGAAACUUGGGGAGCCCGCAGGUAGGGCCACCUCUACCCUGGCAGCUGAAGCCUGGGAGAGUCCCUCAAGGUGUAAUUGGCCUCAGUCUGCUUUCUCACUGCCGUCACCCCUUGGCGGUCCUUACCGCUUGUCCCCACGUGUCAUUAUUUUCCAUCCACAGGAAAAACAAAUGCCUCUUCUCCAUCUGCCAUUGUGGCUCCUCCCAGGAGGCCCCUCAGGGUGGGUAGAGCAGGGGCCUGCAGUGGCCAGGCCAAGAGCAAGGAAGACCUGGCCUCGCUCCUGUGGCCUGGGCUCUCUCUACAGCUUCCCAGUUGUUUGCUGAAAACUCAAAGCAUCUGGAAUUCCCCUUCUCCAGUUACGUUCCCUCUCACUUAGAGACAAAGCAGAUUGAAUCAUCCUGCUGCCCCAGGCUCCAAACCAAAUUUUGGAGCAAAUUCAUUAGCUUCAUAAAGCCCAGGUUGAUUUAUGUGACAGUCUGGAGCCGCCCAGCCAUGGAGUUGGUGGCUAUACUCCCUGCCACCUCUGAGCCGAGGCAGCCCCAGCCCUGGAGGG